GUACUUCAAUUCCCCUCACAUUGCCAGCCACAAAAUUAAAAGAAAGCCCAUCCAUCACCCAACCACAUCGCAAUAAAAAUGACGGCGACCAAGACUACCAUCCUCCUCCUCCUCGUGGCGGCGGCGUCCCUGGCCAUGACCAAGGCCCAGUCUCCGGCCGCCUCUCCGGGUCCGGCGACGGCGGAGGACUGCAUGACCCACCUGCUGGACAUGUCGGACUGCCUGACGUACGUGGAGGCGGGGAGCAACCUGACGAAGCCGGAGAAGGCGUGCUGCCCUGAGCUGUCGGGGCUGGUGAACAGCCACCCGGAGUGCCUCUGCAGGCUUCUCGCCGACCCCAACAGCACCAUCGGAAUCGCCAUUGAGCUUCACAAGGCCCUCAAUCUCCCCUCUGUUUGCAAGAUUGAUUCCAUCUCUCCUAGCCUCUGCUCCCUUAUUGGCAUCCAAGUGGGAGGAGCACCUGCACCUGCACCUACAAAAGGGUCAAAGACAUCAUCUGGACAACCACAGCCUGGUGGAACAAGUCCCACAUCAGUUGGGGAUGGUGGGUUGGCAUCAAGCCCAUCAGUUGGGAAGGGUGGCAGUGCUGCUGCUCCCAGAGGGCCCUUCGGCUUUCACCACUCCCUUUUCCUUGCUGCUUUUGUUUUCUUUGCUUCUUUUCUUUAAUGCAUCCCACAAUUCUUCUUCUUCUGUUUUUCCUUCAAUUUAUUUCCCCCCUCUUUUCUUUUUUUAUUUAUUUAUUUAUAAAUACAUAUACUUUGAUCUGAGGGAAGAGUAAUGUUUCUUUGUUUAGAACUCCUAAUCAUGUCUUUCGUGUAUGUGUUUGUGACACAUUUAUAUAUUGUUGUAUGCUAUUGGUCACCCAAUCCAUUUCUUACCUUUCAUUAUUAUCUCCAUAUUACAAUUUACGAUAUUUGACCGAAAUUAUGUUCAAUUUAAUUUAUUUAAGCAAAAUUAUAUUUCAAAGCGACAUUAAAAACAUUAUAAAUAU